AGUAAACAGCCCCAUGCGGUUGAUAAAUAUUUCUCCUUCUGUAUUCCACCGCCGAAUGUGACCGGCACUUUACAUCUCGGACAUGCGCUGACAGUGGCUAUAGAAGAUGCUUUGGCUUGCUGGCGACGGAUGCAGGGCUACAAGGUGCUGUGGCUUCCCGGCUGCGACCAUGCUGGGAUUGCAACACAGUCGGUGGUUGAGAGGAAGCUGAUGAGGGAGCAGGGGAAGUGCAGACGGGACUACAGUAGAGAGGAGUUCCUCAAACAGGUCUGGAGAUGGAAAAAUGAAAAGGGGGAUGAGAUUUAUCAUCAGCUGAGAAAACUUGGUGCAUCUCUUGACUGGAGCAGAGCCUGUUUUACAAUGGAAUUUAAUUUAAAAAAAGAUGUUUUUCUCAGUUUUCUCAUGGGCUGUUUGGAAUAG